AGACGAGGUAUUUCUGGCAGCACACGAGACAGCCAGGGGAACAGGUGUGUAAGGACGCUAUUUUAUUACUUACCUGCCGCAGGUGACUAUGGUAGAAGUCUAACAAACUAACUGACGAACUGAAGCGAAACAAGUCACAGUUGAUAAAAUGAAUAACCCAAUCCCGUCCAACAUGAAGUCCGAGGCGAAGAAAGCUGCCAAGAUCCUCAGAGAGUUUACUGAGAUCUCCAACCGCACUGGGCCUGACAAACUCAUCCCAGCCAAUAUAUUAGCCAAAUGUCAGGGCCUGGCCAUCAUCACAGUGAUCAAGGCAGGCUUCAUGAUCACAGCUCGAGGCGGCAGCGGUAUAGUCAUCGCUAGACUGGCUGACGGACGUUGGUCUGCUCCCUCUGCCAUUGGUAUAGCUGGUCUGGGCGGUGGCUUUGAGAUUGGAGUUGAGGUAUCAGACCUGGUGGUGAUUCUGAUGCAGCGCAGGGCGGUGGAUUCUUUCUCUAAAGGAGGGAACCUCACUCUGGGGGGCAACUGUACUGUGGCGGUAGGACCGAUGGGGAGGAACGUGGAGGCUGAUGUAGCGCUACGUAGCACAGCAGCAGUGUUUACCUACUGUAAGUCCAGAGGCCUGUUUGCUGGAGUCUCUCUGGAGGGAUCCUGCCUCAUAGAACGCAAAGACACCAACCGCAAGUUCUACUCCCAGGACAUCCGUGCGUCGGCCAUAUUGAAUGGAGAUGUAGAACCUCCCCCAGAAGCUGAUGACCUGUACUGUGUCCUGGAGAGCUACACAGAUAAAUACACUACUGAGUGGACAGCCAAGCACCUAGCACAGAAGGCCAGUGGUCCUCCAGCUAGACCCCGAGCUCCCGCCACACAGAGACCUGCUAGCACUUACAGGACGGAGGCAGUGAAGCCCUCCCUCUAUCCAAGCAUCUCUGCUUUCAAAUCUGGCAGCGCAGAAUCCUAUAAGAGAAGUCCAAGUAGCACAAGGACAGUCCAAAACGAUUACGGUGGGGUCGGGCCGUGGGACGCGGGGCCUGUAGUCGUCACGGCGGUACACCCAUUCACAGGGCAACAGCCUGGUGACCUGAGCUUCAACCCUGGCGACCGCAUCACUGUGGUUACCAAGACAGAGUCACAGUAUGACUGGUGGGAGGGAACGCUGAACGGACGGACCGGCAUCUUCCCCGCUAACUUCGUCUCCUACCCCUGAACACACACACACACACACACACACACACACACACACACACACACACACACAGACAGACAGACG